AUUUUUACAUAAAAAUAAAAAAUAUUUCAGAGAGAGUCAUUAUUUCUUACGGAAUUUACGUAUCUUUUGGUUUGAGCAAUGACUCUCGGACACUAAAAUUUCUUAUUUACAAUAGAAUUUAUUUAUCUUAGGAAUUAAAAUUUUUAUCAUUUGUCAUACGAUUAAUCAAGGCAUUUUUUUGUUAUCAUUUUUAUCUUUCUCCUGGAGGCCGUUAAAAUUUUUUACGUUUAUAGAUUCUGUGACAAAAUUCAUGACUAAAUGAAAAAAACCUUGUACAAUUUUCCAUUGAACCGAUUAGCAAUCUUCGUAACACUAAACUGGAGAAUUGCAAAUUUGCUCUCAAACUCGGUCUGCAAUCUCGUAUUACUUAAAAUUUGUUAUUAAUAAUUACUGAUUUUUUUUUAUUUCGAAGUGCACAACACGAUCUGACGGUACAUGACAGCGACAUACGAGUGUUUGAUCCCGAUCUCGACUGUGCACACUUUCUUUCACGUAGGCAAACGUUUCUCUAUUGCUCUUAUCGUUUUGUCACGAGUAUAGUAUGCACUUUAAACUCCAAUGAGACAAGUGUACCUCUAGAUACUCGGAGGGACACACAUACGUCAAGUGUCAUUUUAAUCCCUCCGACUUGCUUAUUUAAAAUUAAGAAACCACAUGUCUUUAAAACUAAUAUUAAUAAAAAAAUUAUUUCUGUAAACGUGUUCUAUUUUUAAAUACAAAAAAAUGUAUUUCUUCUAUUUAUAAAUCUUGGACAAUAAUAAAAAAAUUGUGUACGACAUUUCAGUGCAUUGUUUUUUCGAAACUAAACAAAAACUACGGAGAAUUGUCGCCAGAACUGUCAUAAUUACCCAGCACGACAACUUUAUUCGAAUGUCGUGCUGAUUUCGCGCAUUUAAAAUUAUGUGCACAAUUUUAAACGCUAGAACUCUGUUUAAAAACAAUAUCAAAGCACAGAGCUAUACGGGAACCACCGAGAUUUGUCGACAAAAUUGUCAGAACUAUCCAGCGACACAUUUUUUCGUGUGUCGUGCUGAUUUCGCGCAUUUAAAAUUAUGUGCAAAAUUGUUUCUAUUUAAUAUCUUUCUUUGUAUAUUUUCCUUAUCGCGACAGCUAAGGAAGCAGCUUCCGGGACUUUUCCGAGGCUACCGUUCGCCCCGCGUACCGGCAGAACGAUCGCGCGGGACGCAAAACGAGUUGCCGGUCCGCAGGCGGCGUCCACUUUGACAUUCCGUGCGAGAGUUCGGAGAUCGCGCGAGAAGAAAACGACAGACGUCGUCGCUUGACCCUCGUCGACCCGCGGACCAAGAGAGAUCCCCAGUUGGCGGGUCGAAAAGCCGGAUGGACAACGUCAGUUGUCAAAUUCGCAAGGGGAAGAAAAAUCGAGAAAGAAGAAGAGAAACAACCGGACUCCGAAAUGGCCGGACAACGGCGAGCCCGCCGCGAGAGUCAUCGCGUCCCUCGCGUUGAAAUCUCUCACUUUUGCUUCGCCACUCGGCUCUCGCCUCUCUACCUACUCUCUCGUGAAAGUGCAGGCGCCGCGACGGCGGGCGGGAGGGGGAGGCCCUCCUCGGGAACUGCCUCCGGUACCUUGGUAGACGUUGCCACGGCAGUCGUCGUUCGGCCGACGUUCACCUCGACUCCGCUUUCACCUGGGGCCGUUCCCGGGCGUUCAUCCUCUCGCGCCGGAUUCUCUCGUCGCCGUCGCGACGCCUUUCCUCCGCCCGUCAUCCGGAGUUGCCAGAUGACACUCACCAGGGCUCCACGUUGCUCGCGUUCCACGUAAACGGAUAUACGGCACAAGUGGGAGAGAGAAGAGAGAGAGAGAGAGAGAGAGAGAGAGAAGAAGUGAAUCAACCAGGAAGCAACGGAUGCGACCCCUCGGUUCGAUCCGUCGACUAUGACCGCCAGCGUCGCGAGGAUAUCGGGAAUCAGGAUUCAAUAGAAAGCGAGUCGUCCAAUUAGCAGAAUGGCGAAGAAUCAACAUCAGAAUGGCGUAAUACCGGGAGGCGGCAUGGUGACUGGCCCGGAUGAUUUUUCAGAUGGUGAAAGCACUCCUCUGACUCAGGACUACGUCGGAAGCCAACGCACGAUUGUCGAGACGAAAGGAUGGGACGUCUUCCGGAAUCCGCCAAUGAAGAUCGACUCGAACUCGGGCUCCAUGGCAAACCAGAAAUGCCUGGAGAGGAUGGUGCAGGUGAUCAAGGUCCUCGUCUACCUGCUCGUGUUCGUCAUAGUGUUGGGAAGCGGCGUGGUCGCCAAGGGCACGAUUCUCUUCAUGACGUCGCAGCUACGGCAGGACAGAAGAAUACUCUAUUGCAACAGGCAAUUAGACCGGGAGAACCAGUACAUAGUGACACUGCCCGAGGAGGAGAGGAUCGCAUGGAUAUGGUGCAUAAUAAUCGCAUUCGCGGUGCCCGAGUUCGGCACCCUGGCGCGCAGCCUCCGCAUGUGCAUCUUCAAGUCGUGGAAGAAACCGCAGCUGACGCACUUUCUCGUGGUCUCCAUCAUGGAGACGUUUCACGUGGUGGGCUUGGCCCUGAUGUUCCUGGCGGUGCUUCCGGAAUUGGACGUCGUCAAGGGGGCGAUGUUGACCAACUGCGUGUGCUUCGUUCCCGGAUUGCUGGGCCUACUUUCCCGUAACAAAAGUAAGGACGAAUCCAAGCGGUUCGUUCUGGUUCUCGUCGAUAUCGCCGCACUGGCCGCCCAGGCGACCAGCUUCGUCCUAUGGCCCUUCCUGGACGGCUCGAGGCGAACCCUAUGGCUGAUUCCCAUCGCGCUGCUUCUCGUCUCGUGCGGCUGGUGGGAAAAUUACGUCUCCACGCAGAGUCGGAUCGGUCUAAUUAGAUCGCUCGGCAGAGUGAAGAAAGAAAUGCGACUGACUCGCUACUUCACGUACAUGCUGGUGUCCGUCUGGAAGAUCGUGGGGUUCUUCAUCAGCACGACACUGAUACUGCACCUCAAAGGGGACAAUGUCGGGAAUCUCUUCACCAUGUUCAGCAGCGCGUUCGGCGACCACAAGAUCACCGUCACGUCUAUCAAGCCGUUCUCGGCAAACCUGCCCGAUCUCGCGGAGAUUCUAACGGGCAACAUUACCGAGGUCGUCAACGCUGACUUCAACACACCCAUCUACGUCCUCCUGCUACAGAUCGCCGGCGCUUACUUCGCUUAUAUAUUUGGCAAGUUCGCGUGCAAGAUCCUGAUCCAAGGGUUCAGUUACGCGUUUCCAGUGAAUCUCACGAUACCGGUGUCGAUCUCGCUGCUGAUUGCCGCAUGCGGUCUCCGCAACAACGAUCCGUGCUUCUUCCACGGCACCAUACCGGACUACCUGUUUUACGAGUCGCCGCUGCCAAACUUCCUCAACGACUUCGUGUCGAAGCAGUACGCCUGGGUAUGGCUGCUGUGGCUGCUGUCGCAGACCUGGAUCACCCUGCACAUCUGGACGCCCAAAUGCGAGCGUCUCGCGUCCACGGAGAAGCUCUUCGUCGUGCCGAUGUACGACUCUCUGCUGAUCGACCAGUCGAUGGGCCUCAAUCGACGAAGGGACGAUCAGCCGGAAGUCAAGGUCGAGGAUCUUGCGGAGAUAGAGAAGGAGAAAGGUGACGGCGAUUACGAGACGAUCUACGAGCAGACGGACGGCUCGACCACACCUCCGUCCGCGGUGAAAAACAGCGAUCACGUAACCAGGAUCUACGCUUGCGCUACCAUGUGGCACGAGAACAAGGAGGAGAUGAUGGAAUUCCUGAAGAGUAUCCUGCGCCUGGACGAGGACCAGUGCGCGCGGCGCGUCGCUCAGAAAUACCUCAAAGUCGUCGAUCCCGACUACUACGAAUUCGAAACUCAUAUAUUCUUCGACGACGCGUUUGAGCUGUCCGACCACGACGAGAACGAGUCGCAGGUGAACCGAUUCGUGAAGUUGCUGGUAGCAACGGUGGACGAGGCCGCGUCGGACGUACACAAAACGAGAAUGCACGUGAGAGCACCUAAAAAGUACCCUACUCCGUAUGGCGGACGAUUGGUGUGGACUCUUCCCGGAAAGACGAAGAUGAUCGCUCAUCUGAAGGACAAGAGCAAGAUCCGACACAGGAAGCGAUGGAGUCAGGUAAUGUACAUGUAUUACCUGCUGGGCCAUCGGCUUAUGGAAUUACCGAUUAGCGUCGAUCGCAAGGAGGUCAUUGCCGAGAAUACGUUUCUGUUAACGCUCGACGGCGAUAUCGACUUUCAACCGGCCGCGGUGAAGCUCCUCGUGGACCUGAUGAAGAAGAAUAAGAACCUCGGCGCCGCCUGCGGUCGCAUUCAUCCGGUCGGAUCCGGGCCUAUGGUGUGGUACCAAAUGUUCGAGUAUGCGAUCGGUCACUGGCUGCAAAAGGCGACCGAGCACAUGAUCGGCUGCGUGCUCUGUAGCCCCGGAUGCUUCUCGCUGUUCCGCGGCAAGGCACUGAUGGACGACAACGUGAUGAAGAAAUACACGACGAAAUCCGACGAGGCGAGACACUACGUGCAAUACGAUCAGGGAGAGGACCGUUGGCUGUGCACGUUGCUGCUGCAACGAGGCUACAGGGUGGAAUAUUCCGCAGCGAGUGACGCUUAUACCCACGCACCGGAAGGCUUUAACGAGUUUUACAACCAACGGCGCCGUUGGGUGCCCUCCACCAUUGCAAAUAUUAUGGAUCUACUGAUGGACGCGAAACGCACGAUCAAAAUCAACGACAAUAUUUCGCUGCCUUACAUCUCUUAUCAAAUUUUACUGAUGGGUGGUACAAUUCUGGGACCUGGCACAAUCUUCCUCAUGUUGGUGGGUGCCUUCGUGGCGGCCUUCAAAAUCGACAACUGGACCAGCUUCUACUACAAUAUCAUUCCCAUCUUGCUGUUCAUGAUCGUCUGCUUCACGUGCAAAUCGAACGUACAGCUUUUAUGCGCCCAGAUCCUGUCAACGGGGUACGCGAUGAUCAUGAUGGCAGUGAUCGUAGGUACCGCCCUACAGCUCGGCGAGGACGGCAUAGGCUCGCCCUCGGCGAUCUUCCUAAUAUCAUUGUCGGGUUCAUUCUUCAUAGCAGCCUGUCUACACCCGCAAGAAUUCUGGUGCAUCGUGCCCGGCAUCAUAUACUUGUUGUCCAUUCCGUCUAUGUACUUGCUCCUCAUACUGUACUCCAUCAUCAAUCUUAAUGUCGUAUCCUGGGGCACCAGGGAGGUCCAAACGAAAAAGACCAAGAAGGAACUCGAACAAGAGAAGCGGGAGGCAGAGGAGGCGAAGCGCAAGGCCAAGCAGAAGUCUCUGCUGGGCUUCCUGCAGAACGGCGCGGGUACCAACGACGACGAUCAGGGUUCCAUCGAAAUCUCGCUGGCCGGCUUGUUCAAAUGCUUGCUGUGCACUCACGGCAAGCCGUCUGCCGAAAAGCAGCAGCUCGUGGCGAUCGCGGAAUCGCUUGAGCAGCUCGGCAAGCGACUCGAGACCAUCGAGAGAGCGGUGGAUCCUCACAGCCACGGACGGCGAAGAGCCUCUUCCGUGGGUUCACGCACCGCCGACCACCUAGGUGCCAUCGGCGAGGGUCCCGAGGACGACGAAGGCAGCGAGACGGAGACAGUGACCAGUCAGAACACCGAGGGUAACCGCGACGGCAGCAACUUCCUCUCACGGCCAUAUUGGCUGAACGACGACGGCCUGAAGAAGGGCGAGGUGGACGUGCUGUCGCUGCAGGAGGAGCAGUUCUGGAAGGACCUGCUGGAAAAGUAUCUCUACCCGAUCGACGAAGACAAGACGGAGAAGGCACGAGUCGCCAAAGAUCUAAAGGACCUACGCGACCAGAGCGUCUUUGCGUUCUUUAUGAUGAACGCCCUCUUCGUCCUGAUCGUCUUUCUGCUGCAAUUGAACAAAGACUUGUUGCACAUCAAGUGGCCAUUCGGCAUCAAGACGAACGUCACAUAUGACCAUACCACCAUGGAGGUGCACAUAUCGAAGGAGUACCUGCAACUCGAGCCGAUUGGUCUUGUGUUCGUCUUCUUCUUCGCGCUGAUAUUGGUCAUACAGUUCACCGCGAUGCUGUUCCACCGAUUCGGCACGCUGGCCCACAUUCUGGCCAGCACCAGCCUAGACUGCUGCAAGAAGACGAAGGAUCUCUCCGAGGAAGCUUUGCUGUCGAAACACGCGGUGGACAUAGUGAGAGAUCUUCAGAGACUGGACGGGAUAGAAGGCGACUACGAGGAGGGCAGUGGUAGCGGGCCCGGUAGACGGAAAACGAUCCGAAACCUGGAGAAGAGCCGCAGGAAGACGCAGGCGAUCAACACGCUCGACGUGGCCUUCAGGCAACGUUUCUUCAGCAUGAACGAGAACGCGGGCUUGUCGAGGAACAUGUCGACGCGUCGCGAGGCGUUUAAGGCGUUCGAGGGCAGGCGCAACAGCAUAAUGGCGAUGCGCCGGAAGUCGCAGAUGCAGACCCUGGGCGCGAACAACAUAUACGGCAUGGCGGGCAACCCCCUCGGGAUCCAGGGUCGGCCGUCCCGCAGCAGUCAGAUAUCCGUGAAGGACGUGUUCGAGGGCCACCCGGCCGCGACGUCCGGGGGCCACGUGAACGCCGGCUACGAGGGCGACGACAGCCCCGGUAACAGCCUGCGGCUGCAGAACCUCGGCGGCAAUCAGGUCACGUGGCGAGAGGCGAACUCUAACGUGUGAUUGGGAGUUAACCACGUCCGUCCUGGCCUCUUCGUAGCGAUAGAUUUAAAAAAAAAAAAGAACGAAGAAUUUAUUUAUCCGGCAAAUUUAUUUAUCGACUAGCUCGUUUCCGAGUCAAACCUCUCUAACGAAUCUCUGAAAAGUUGCACGAAGGUAUUGUCGUGCUCCUCGCAAUUUCGACCCUCGGUGUCCUUCUUUUCCUCAGCGCGAAUGAAGGGCCGUUCUCGAGAUUGUGUGAAAUCGCCGACGCUACUCGGCAAUUGUAAUGAAAAUCAGCGUGCGGAUUUGAAAAGAAAUGAAUAUUGGACUACUUAGAAAUGAGUUUUUCAAGUUACGAGCUGAUCAAGAGGAUCCACGUGAUUUUUAAGAGAAAUUAACUGUAUUUACCACGAAAUAAUUUAUAAUUUUACAAAUACAAGGAAGAAAGAGCGGCACGCGAAUUUAGCUAAUGUAGCACAAUCGUACAUCUUUUUCACGUACGUUCCCUCUAGAAUACAUUUUACAUAUUUUUUAAAAUAUUUUUUACAUUCUACCAUCGCUCUUCAUAAGCUCUUUCUUGUCAUUCAUAUCGCAUUUAUUCGAGAUCCA